UCGUUAAAUUUUGAAUGUUUCUAGGUAAUACAACGGAACGUGUUUAUUGCAAGUAUAUACUUGGCACAGUGAGAGCGUCGAGUCGAAAUAGUAUCCCCCAGACAGUACCUGUCUAUAAUACUCGACGUAUGUAUUCGUAUAACAGCAGGUCGCUACCGCCACUAUCGGGGCUAGAAUCGGAGCGUGUACUUCGGCGAUCAGCUGUCGCGAAUGUUUACAUUCGUCGGUCGAGUGCCGGCUCGUGGUGGGGUUGAGACCACCGUCCAGUUUCUUUCGGCCUGUCGCGUCGUGCGGUUCACGUAAUCUACAAGUGCUUAUCGUGUCUUAUCGUCGCGCUGUCGCGCGGUAUCGAACAAAUGCCAGCGCGCACUUUUCUGUGCUUUCCAGAAUUGGGGUAAGGAUUAAAUUGCUUUGAAGAUGGGGGCGAUGUUCAGAAGCGAGGAGAUGGCCCUUUGCCAGCUGUUCAUUCAGCCGGAGGCAGCUUACCUUUCUGUUUCAGAACUUGGAGAAACUGGUACGGUGCAAUUUCGCGACCUCAACGGCGACUUGAAUUAUUUUCAACGGAAGUUCGUCAAUGAAGUCCGACGAUGCGACGAACUGGAGCGCAAACUUCGGUACAUCGAGGCAGAGGUCAAGAAAGAUGGUGUGCCGAUCCCGGAUAAUCUUACGGAACUACCACGCGCGCCUAACCCACGUGCAAUUAUAGAUCUCGAGGCGCAUCUCGAGAAAACGGAGAACGACAUACAAGAGCUGAGCCAGAACGCGGUGAAUCUGAAGAGCAACUAUCUCGAGCUGACGGAAUUACAACACGUACUCGAGAAGACACAAGCGUUCUUCACGGAGGAAGAAGCCAACGACUCGAUCACCAAGGCGCUCAUCAACGAGGAAGCACCGAAUCCCGCCAUUUCGAUUCGCGGACGUCUGGAAUUCGUCGGCGGGGUAAUAAAUCGCGAACGAGUUCCAGCCUUUGAGAGAAUGCUGUGGCGUAUAUCACGUGGAAACGUUUUCCUUCGACAAACCGAACUUGAUAAACCGUUGGAAGACCCAGCUACGGGCAACGAAAUCUAUAAAACAGCUUUCGUGGCAUUUUUUCAAGGAGAACAAUUGAAGACCCGUAUUAAAAAGGUUUGCACUGGCUUCCACGCCUCGCUUUAUCCAUGCCCGACUAGCCAUGCAGAACGUCAGGAAAUGCUAAAAGGUGUGCGAACACGAUUAGAGGACCUUAAAUUGGUACUAAAUCAAACGCAAGAUCAUCGCCAGCGUGUUCUGUAUAACGUAGCGAAAGAAAUACCAAACUGGAGUAUCAUGGUGCGAAAGAUGAAAGCUAUUUAUCACACAAUGAAUCUGUUCAACAUGGACGUGUCGAAAAAAUGUCUCAUCGGAGAAUGCUGGGUGCCCAUUGCCGAUCUCGGGACCGUACAAAAUUGUCUCACGGAAGGAUCGCGGCAAUGUGGAAGCUCUAUACCGUCUUUCCUCAACGUGAUCCACACGGAUGAAAAUCCUCCGACGUUCAAUAGAACGAAUAAGUUUACAAGAGGUUUUCAAAAUUUAAUUGACUCCUACGGUGUGGCAUCGUAUCGUGAAGCUAAUCCAGCACUUUACACUAUCAUUACGUUUCCCUUUUUAUUUGCCGUUAUGUUUGGCGACGCUGGUCAUGGAUUCAUAUUGACGCUUUUUGGUUUGGCCAUGGUGUUAAUGGAGAAAAAGAUCAGCGCGCAAAAGUCGGACAACGAAAUCGGGAAUUUAUUUUUCGGCGGUCGUUACAUCAUCCUUCUCAUGGGUUUGUUUUCCAUCUACAGUGGUUUUAUCUACAACGACAUAUUCGCAAAGUCAGUUAACAUAUUCGGAUCUAGUUGGAGGAUCAAAUAUACGCUCAACGAUACAUUACAUAACAAGGAGUUAGAUCUGUCACCAAAUGCGAAUGAGAGCUACUUGCAGUAUCCCUAUCCUCUGGGUAUGGAUCCGAUUUGGGCUCUUGCUGAAAAUAAAAUUGUAUUUCACAAUUCGUUCAAGAUGAAAGUAUCGAUUAUUUUUGGCGUCGCGCACAUGAUCUUCGGCGUCUGUAUGAACGUCGUCAAUAUGAUGUAUUUCAAGAAAUAUGCUAGUCUGAUCCUUGAAUUUCUGCCACAAUUGCUCUUCCUUCUAUUGCUAUUUUUUUACAUGACUGUCCUGAUGUUUAUUAAAUGGAUUUUGUACGAGGCUUCGGCUGAAGAUCCAGGACGAAGACCAGGUUGUGCACCGUCGGUGUUAAUUACAUUUAUUAACAUGAUGCUUUUCAAAGAUGCCGUUGUGCCCAAAGAUUGUUCCCAGUAUAUGUUCGAAGGACAGGAUAUUUUGCAGUUGGUUUUACUUUUCUCCGCUCUUUUGUGCAUUCCAGUAAUGCUCUUCGGGAAACCAUUAUUUAUUCUAUUUUCAAAGAGAAGAUCUCAAGGAAGGAAGAUUUAUAGCAACGGGAGUGCGUCUCAGGACAUCGAGUUACAGGCUCAAGAAUUGCCUAGCGCAGGCACCAGCAAGGAUACUGCGGCGGAAGAUCACAGUCACGAGGAUGACAGCUUUGGUGAACUGAUGAUCCAUCAAGCCAUCCACACCAUAGAAUACGUGUUGUCUACAGUUUCGCACACUGCCUCUUAUCUACGAUUGUGGGCCCUGUCUUUGGCUCAUUCGCAGCUGUCAGAAGUGCUAUGGAGUAGAGUAUUGCGAAUAGGUUUAGGCGCCGAGGAGGGUCAAUACGUCAACAGUAUUAUCCUGUUCUUCGUGUUCGCUGUCUGGGCCUUCUUCACCGUCGUCAUUCUCGUCUUAAUGGAAGGCCUCUCGGCAUAG